AUGUGCGGUUCGAGCAACGAUCGAGGAAUCAACGCACAGAAACCCCCUCAGCCCGCGGCGCGUGCCUCUGAUGUCAACGCGGCGGGUAAUACUGCCGUCCAGAUGCCCCUGAUCGCGCCAGGGAGCGUCAGCGCGGACAUCCUCGCUAGUAACGUCCCUGAUAACCUCGACGAGUCGUUAUUUCUUCCUCAUCCAACGCAGACCUCUGCUGGUGCGCUGGCUGUGAUUGCUAACAAUAACAAUAACAAUAAUACUAACACUUUUGGCAGAUCGUUUUCCAUUUACGAGCCUGGCAAGGGCGACCAGUCCCUGCUGCUCCACCACGCGGAUCCGACGUCCAUCCCCGCUACAGGCGCGGAGCUCGUGCACUACCAUCGCCCUUCUAAUCGAAGCACUGCCGCCGCUGACGCCGCCGCCACGUUCGCCCCUGACUGCAAGCCAACGCCAUGUGUCAACACGGCGGAUUUCGCGAAUUACCCAGCUCCGAGCCUCGCUGGCGCGUCCGGCGUGGCGGGAAGCGCGUACGCGGCCGUGAAAGCCGACGAGAAUCCUCUCAGAUUCGCGCCAACUCAGCAACAUGAAGAUCUGAACGUUGGCAUGCAAUCUCGGCAGCAGCCAGAACAAGGGAUGCAAUUUGACGGGGAAAAUGCGCUGCAGAGGACGGGAGGGGAGGGAGGAAGAGGGUUGGGUUGCGACAAUGUGGUAACCACUGAAGCAGCUCUCGCUUACGACGGUUUUUUCGCUUCUAUGCUUGACGACAUUGAUUUCACACCUGCUGUUGUUGGGUCCGCGACAGGUUACCAGAAUGUGGGGUUGAACCAGAACUCAAAUGCGGGGGUUCUGGGUUCCGCGACGGAGUCUCGCGCACCAAUUGGCUCCUAUGAUGUCUUCUCUCAUCAGCCGCAGCAGUCAUUACAGCAGCAGCAGCAGCAGCAGCAGCAGCCGCAGCCGCAGCCGCAGCAGGCGCAACUCGAGCCGCAGUUCCAGCAGCAAUCGGCGCAGCCGCCGUUUGAGUGUAACACCAGCGGUAACCAUCAGCAGAACGUCGCCACCGGUAACUUCGCUUACCAUCGCGGCGACCAAUCAUCGCCACUAGGGUCUAACAACGGGUUUUCAACCCACGCUUCUCCGCCAAACGCGCAGCCCAUCGCAGUUAACCCCGUCAAGCCCGCCGCCUAUUCCGCAAGCGCCGGCGCGGGUAACAUCCAAUUCGCACAAUCCUCGUACGAAUCGCCGCAGCCAACCCUUCCGCCGCCCGCGCUCCCGCCUAGCCAUCCCGCCGGUCCUUCCCAGCCGCCCGCGGUCACCUUUUACGGCGCUUCUGCUGUGGCAGGCGGUGACGAUGGUACAGAGGCAGCAGAAGGGAUGGACGAGGAUGGGCAGGGAAACGCUACCCAGGACUCAGAACAACAGGACGAGCCUAUCCGGCGCAAGGGUCCGCGCACCAAGUUCUCCAAGGAGGCAGUCGACUGCCUCAACUCGUGGUUCCUCUCACACCUCCACCACCCCUACCCCACCGAGCUGGCAGACGAGGAGGAGGAGUACCAGUUCGUUGACUCGGAAGACCCGCUUGACUCGGUUCUUCCCGCCCUGGCGCUGCUAAGGCUGCAGGUGAAGCGGUCUGAGCAGAAGGGGCAGAGACGACGGCUGCAGCAACAUGGGACUGAGGCAGAGGAGGGGGCUGCUGAUUUCAACGACAGGGAAAGCAUAGAGGAGGAGAAGGGCGAGGGGGAGAGUGAGGAGGGUGAGGAGGGGGACAAGGAGGGGAGUAAGGAGGAUGAGGAGGGGGAUGAGGAAGGGAGUGAGGAAGAGAGUGAGGAGGGGAGUGAGGAGGAACAGCUGAAGGCGAUGAGUCUGAGGGACGUGUACAGGCGGUGCUUCGGGGAGGAGGUGGUGCUGCGGAGGAGCUCGGAUGAGGGCGAUGGGCAGGUGUUCGCAUCUGGUGGUGACAUUGGAGGGGUUGACUAUAUCGGAGGUCUGCUGGACAUGAUGAACGGCCUGGAUGGGCUCGCAGAAAUGGACGGACUGGAUGGGCUUGACGGCUUGGAAGGGAUCGACCUCAUGGAUGGGAUGACUGGGUUGGGAGAUUUCCAAGGCGUUGCAGAGCGGUUAGAUGCUGAGAUGGAGGGCAAUGAAGGGGUUGAGGGACAUCCAUGUAUACAGGAGGAGCAGUUGGUGGUAGUGCAAGGGGAUUUUACUGAAGAGCCUCUGUCUAUUGAGGCUCAGGAAGAGAAUUACUUUUGUGAUGAAGCGGAUGAUUACUACAGCGAGGAUGAGGAGGGAGAGUUUCUCAGGGGAAAUGGAGAAGGUGCUGGGAGGUAUGAUGUGACAGGGUAUGACAUGGCAGGCUAUGACGUGGCAGCCUGUAGGAGCAAUGGCACCCCUGCAAGUGGGGGAGGCAGCAUGGGGGAACACAUGGUUGGUGCCGUGCCAGCCAUUUAG